AUGAGUAGAUCUCCUUCGUCCUCGGCACUCCUCCCACUUCCUGGCUCUCCAGGUUCAUCGUGGCCCAUGUAUCGUGCAAGAUUGAAAGCCCUUUUCCAUGGCGCAGAUGCUACCGUCGUGGUCUCCUUCUGGCUAUUCGGCCUCAUCAACAAUGUCCUCUAUGUGAUUAUCCUCUCCGCCGCUCAAGAUCUCGUUGGCUCCAGCGUUCCAAAAUCCGUCGUCCUCCUAGCUGAUGUCCUGCCCUCUUUCUUCACAAAACUCAUCGCCCCCUACUUCAUCCACCACAUCUCCUAUUCGAUCCGGAUCCUGAUCUUCUGCGCCUUGUCCUCUGCAGGCAUGUUGCUUAUUGCCUUCACACCCGAUACCCAAACAGGAGGAUCUAUCUCCAUCAAGAUGUUUGGUGUUGUCAUGGCAUCUCUCAGCAGUGGAGGGGGGGAACUCUCUUUUCUAGGCCUCACGCACUACUACGGCCCCUUCAGCCUGGCCGCAUGGGGUAGCGGGACAGGAGGCGCGGGACUGGUUGGCGCAGGGCUCUACGUUCUUCUAACAUCCACCAUUGGGCUAUCCGUCAGGACUUCUCUGAUCUCAUCAGCCUUCCUCCCGGCUAUAAUGCUCCUCUCCUUCUUUGUCGUCUUGCCCCGCGGGCCCCUACGACUCUCACACUCCUCAAAGCUCUAUGAUGAGGUCCCCACCGACGAUGCAGACAACGAGGAUAUUCUCAGCCCGGAAAUUAACAACACAACCGUGGCCUCGUCCCUACUCGUUCCCGGCCCCUCAGACGCUACACAGGCAUACCAGAGCACAUUUCGUCGACCCAGCUCUUCAUCUGCCUCUUUCGCCUCCUUUUCCUCACCCACCCUAGCCCAAAACCUGCGGCGCGCCCGGGCUCUCUUCGUCCCCUAUAUGCUCCCCCUUCUCCUCGUGUACAUCGCCGAAUACACCAUCAACCAGAGCAUCGCGCCCACGCUCCUCUACCCCCUUCCCAGCUCUCCCAACGCGCCUAAUCACACGCCCUUCACCAGCUACCGCCAGUUCUACCCCUUCUACAUGCUCCUCUAUCAACUCGGCGUUUUCGUCUCCCGCUCUUCCAUCCCCCUCGUCCGUCUGCACUCCCUGUACCCUCCUUCCCUCCUCCAAGUCGGCAACUUCAUCCUCCUCCUUGCCCAAUCCCUGUCCCCUUUCAUUCCCAUCUACCUCCUCUUCAUCAUCAUCUUCUGGGAGGGCUUGCUCGGUGGUGCCGUGUACGUGAAUACCUUCGCGGAGAUCAUGGACAAUGUCCCCGAGGCCGACAGGGAGUUUAGUCUUGGUGCGACAAGCGUUAGCGAUUCGGGAGGUAUCUGUAUAGCCGGAUUGAUCGGUUUGGUAUUAGAGGAAGCCCUUUGUAAUUUCCAGGUCAGGAACGGACGGCCGUUCUGUAGACAAGUCUAA